GUGGUGUGUUAAUUAUUAUAAGAUAGCCUGGGCUCUAAUAUUAUGUUUUGAUAGUAAUAUAAAUUACGAUAGCAAGUUCGUUUAUCGUAAUCGUGAACAAUAAAAUACCACCUCUAUUCUACCUAUACUAUAUCGGUAAAGCUUUGUAUUAUAUAUAUGUGUGUAUAGCAUUUAGUUUCACAAUGCUCUGGAUUUACCAAGCUGAUAUAAAAUACUUGAUUAGGUACAGUAUCUACUGUAAAUAACUGUUGAGUUUAGUAUAUAUUUUACUGCAGUUCAGUCUUCGUUCGUUACUUUUUCGUAUACCUACGUUUUAAAAUGGAAGUGCAAAAUAUUAUUAGUGAAAAACAAAAACAUUUGAAAAUAAUUGACAAAUAUAAGUUCUGUUUUCAUAAAUGUUUGGCUAAUAAUAUUCAACGUUGGAAAUGUACCGUUAAAACGUGUACAGCAUAUUUAAAAAUUAACGAAAAUGAUGAUAUUUUACUUAACGUGAGUGAUACUGACCACAGCCACGAUGCACUAUCUGAAGCAGUAAUAAAUCGACAAAUUGUAAGUAAUUCUCUUAAGCGAAAAGGUACACAAGAGUUAUAUGAAAGACCAGCUAAACUAAUGCACCGACAUUUAAAAGAAAGUAUUGAUUUCAGUGUUAAAAGUACAUUAACAAUUACAGAUAUUCGCUAUAUAAAAAAUAAUUUAUAUCGAGCUCGAAGUGAACAACUACCAAAAUUACCAACAAAUAUUUUAACUGUCCAUUCAGCAUUAAAUGCUAUCGACUGUAUUACAAACGAAAAUGAACCUUUGCGUGCGAAAAUGAACAGCGAACUACAAACGCGUAUGUUUUAAAGAUAAUUCAAACCGAUACUGUAGUGUUAGUUAGAAGCUCGCUAAUUUCUAUACGUCAAUAUAGAAAACAACGCCGAAACAACAUUUUAUUUGUUGAAAAUCAGAUAAAAAAACUAAAUGAAAAUAAAAUAACAAGGUUACAUUUUGUAAAAAGCUUAUCUAAUAAGUAUAAACCUAAUUUUUGACUGACAUUUUGAUUACUAACAUUAUUGUUAUUAUUAUGAUUAUUAUUUAUUUAUUUAUUAUAUUAUGGACUAUAUUGAUUUUGUUUAGAUCUAAGUGAUUUAACGUUUAUUUACA